UCAAGCGGCAAAAGAACAUGAACCUUCCGUCGUCAACCUCUAGAGAGCUAAAGCAAUUGCAAAGAAAGUUCUUCCGUUGACAUAAAUAUACCUUAUCCUCUCACACUCAUUAAAACGUAGAAAACACUCCGCACAUGAAUCUGUCACAUAUGACAUCGCACCGACUACAAUUAUGUUGCAUGUCACCAAAAAAAAAAAAAAAAACAACAACAACAACAAUGACAAUAGUGUAAAGAAAAGGAGAAAAAAUAAUCCCUCAAUUUUAGCUCGAGUAUAUACUAAGGCAAAAUAAAAUUUAUAAUGACCACAUAAAUCACUCCCUGGAACAACAACUUGGCAUUAUUGGCCCUUAGAAUAUAAAUCAUGUUCGUUAAAGUUAUAAUCCCACAAACAUCUUUUCCCAACUCAAAUUCAUGCGCAAUCUACAAAGGAAAUUGCGAAGAAGGUUCUUCCACAGACUGAUACAAAAAUACGUUUUUAAGGACAAUCUCUCAACCCACACGGUUGUCUUACUUACCAUCAGAUGAAUGCAUUUCCAGUUGUUUCGCAGUAGGCUUUUUCUGCUAUGAUUUCAUUCUUUUUUUCUCUUUCUUGUUUUUUGGCCUUUCGUCCGAACAUAGUAAGAUUUGCCUGAAUCUAUGAGACAGAGGCAAGACUUUCCGUUUCGUUGGAUAGCAUAAAUAUUAUGUAUAUGCUUACAUCGUAGGACAUCUAAUCUUAGAGCUACUGUCGUCCGGUGCAGACGGUAGAGAGGAGGGAUAUAUGAAAAAUGGACCGCGAAUUGUUCGAGGCAGCAACAUCAGGAGAUGUAAGGUUUGUACGAGAGGCAAGCGGAGCUCUUGACCGGGCGGUGACCGUCGACGGGAAUUCAGUGCUCCACAUCGCAGCAAAGCUCGGGCACAUGGAGCUUGCCGAAGCUCUAUGCCUCAAGCAGCCCUCCCUCAUGAAGUCGUCCAACUCGAAAGGCGACACCCCGCUGCACUGUGCGGCAGCAGCUGGCCAUGCAGCGAUUGUGGACUUCUUCGUCGUCCACAGGGCUUUUUUGUUUGAGAAUCCCGUCGUCUUUUCUGAAGUGUAUGGAGUACCGUGGAUGACGAAUGAUGCCGGAAACACUGCCCUCCAUGAGGCAACACGGAAUGGGCAUCGGGCGGUCGUUGAGCUACUGAUGUCGGUCGCUCCGGAUUUGGCAGACGUGGAGAACGCCACCGGGGUGUCCGCGCUCUACAUGGCAGCCGAGAGGGGAUCGGUGGAGAUUGCGAAGGAAUUGCUCAAGUCUCCGAGUGCCUCGGACGAAGGACCUCGCGGCCAGACAGCUCUGCAUGCAGCCGUACUCAGGAGCUACGAUAUAACAGAAAUGAUACUAGCCAAAAAGCCAAACUCCGUGAGACAUCAAGAUGCCACCAAGAGCACUCCUCUCCAUUUUGCAGCAGCCAAUGGUGAUAUUACGAUGGUACAGCUGCUACUUCAAUCUGACUCCAAAGCUGCUUAUAUCCGGGAUGAAGAUGGGCUUUCGACCAUACAUGUUGCAGCAAAUGCAGGACACUUGAAAAUAAUUGAGCAAGUAUUGGAGUACUGUCCUGACUCAAUGGGACUGCAGAACAACACCGGCAGGAACUUCUUUCAUGUGGCAGUGGAGAAAAAGAAUUUAGAGGUGGUGAAGUAUGUGCUGAGAUCCCCAUGGCUCACGGAACUUGUGAAUGCACAAGACGAUGAAGGAAACACGCCCUUGCAUUUAGCGGUCAUCUCCCGGAACAAAAAGAUGGUCCAAGUCUUAUUGUCCUGCGCAAGUGUAAACGCUAGUGUCAUGAACAACUCGGGACGUACUCCCGUCGACCUCGCCUCCUCAAAAGUUAGAAUUGGAAUCGGCCUUCGAAUGUACAAUAUCAUGAUCGAUUUGAUAUCACAUGGAUCUCGGUUCAGCCCACAACGUAUCGAUCACAUAAUAUGUAAUUUGGAGAGGAAACAAGAUGAAGAAAUCAAUCGGUACAGGGCGUUGGCCAACAACCUUGCCAUCAUCGCGGUGCUCAUCGCCACAGUUACAUUUGCAGCCGCCUUUACCUUGCCGGGAGGAUACAAGAACAAUCCUGGACCCGAUGCGGGAACGGCCAACCUCUCUGGCACAGCUGCUUUCAAUGCAUUUUUGAUCUCGGAUACCUUAGCGAUGGCCAGCUCUAUCAGCGUUGCGAUCAUACUCAUUUACUCUGGUUCUUUGGAUCAUGAUGUCCGCUUACGCUCUCUUAUGACUGCCAUGAAGCUGUUGUGGGUUGCAGCUGGUGGCAUGAGUGUAGCAUUUGCCACCGGUAUAUAUGUUGCGGUUGCUCCUGCCUGCGAGUGGCUUGCGGUUCUCGUGGGCGUCGUAGCCUGCAGUCUCCCCUUUGUUGCCUUUGCUGUUACUUACUGGCCUUCUGCCGACUACUUAAGCAGGGUAACGGUUGGACUGAUUCCCUUGUUAGAUCAAAUAGGAGACAGCCGUACUUGUUCGACUUUUCUCGGUCAACUUGGACGACGUCAGAUGGGCAGUGGAAAGCGUUGGAACUUACCGAUGAGUCAUAUGAAAGCCGCCAGAUACAGGAGACCCGAUGAUAUGAGCUUUGAAACACCUGCUUCUUCUCAGUACUGAAGGACUAGCUUUCAACGUAAAAAAUAUCCAAAAUAUGUACAGAAAAGAAAAAUAUAAUGUUGUCUUCGUUCACUUUGGUAUUUAAUUAUUUAUCGCGCUGUCCGUUGUGCAUAUCAUCAACUGUCGCAUCCAUUUUUGGAGGAGUUGUCUGCUCUAUUUAUAUUUGGUGCAAUAAAAUUUGGAAGUUUCUAUUUAUCAAGAAUUAAA